AUCAUGAGCAUCAAGGCCAUUCCGACUGCAGAAUACCUUCAACGCAUACAGCCCCAGACCAUGACUGUGAACCUACUGGUUGGUGUCAUCAGCAUAGCCCCUGCAAGAACAGUAACAACGCGGAAGGCAGGUCAUGAAAUGGACAUCAUCGAACUCACAGUCGGUGACGAGACCAAAGCAGGCUUUACUAUCAGUUCAUGGCACCAGGCUCAAGACUCUCAACAGCGACACAAGAUUGAAGACAAGUCACGGACUGUGCUCUCUUCACUCCGCCCACAAGACGUCGUUCUCAUUGAAAGAGUAGCACUCAGCUCUUUCCGCAAUGCCGUCUUCGGCCAGUCUCUUAAUCGGAGAGCGACCAAAAACACCACGGCAUUCACAGUCUUGCACAAGGCACACGACUUCCGAGCAGACAGCGCACAAGAUUCCACUUUUCCUCUGGCAGUAGAGCACAAGCUUGAGAGAGUCCGCGACUGGGUCUCGAGUUUUGUUGGACCAAGCGGCAAGCGUAAGGCACAAUUGGAACCUUUGCCACGAGCUGGAUCCAAGAAGAAAGGCAAGAGCGCUGUGAUAGAAGAGUUUCUGCCAGCCGACUCGCAGCCAUGA